AUGGUUCAUUUCAAGCUACACCGAGCAGCUCACCUGCUCGUGUGCGCUCUCUGCUUGCUGUUGGGCGCGGUGCAAGCGACAGUUGCAAAGGAAACCUCGAAACAUAAUGUGUUGGACGACCUGAGCAGCAUCGAAUCGCUCGCCCAAUUUCCUGAAGUCGCCAAUGUUCAACUACGGAGGACGUAUAUGGCGCUGGUCAGCAUGUUCAGCGAUGCGUCGCGGGAGGCGGCCAAGAGAUAUGGUGUUUCAGAGCUGAGAAUGCUCUCCAACGAUUUGGACAGCCAUGUUCAAACCGUCAACGACAACACCAAUAAGUCACACCGACUUGAGCUCAAAAGAAGUACCGCUCCACGGAGCACCGGAAAGGACGGCGAAGAACAGCAGAGCAUAGUCGCCAGGUUUUUGUCAGCAAUCGCUCUGGCUAACCAGGACCCAGACGCAACCGAGCAACAAGCUACCAAUGCGCCAGCAUUUCUGGGAAAGAGGGGGCUCCUCGACGGUCUCGGAAAACUCUUGGGCGGCGGCAAAGACGGCGCGGCCGACGGAGCCGGCGGCGCCAUCAGCGACGCCAUGUCCAAAGCAGUCGGCAGCGUCUUUGACAAGCUCCUCUCCGCCACCGGCAGCGGCCUCGCCGGCGCCGGCUUCUUCGGCGGCGUCGGCGUUGGCGAGGGCGCCUCGCAAGCCCUCAACCUGACGACGCCGCAAAAGUCAAAGUCGACUGGCGAGCAGGUCGCGCAGCAAAAUGGCAUGACGAGCUCCGGCCUCAACCCCAUUAUCCAGAGCGCCGCCAUGGGGUUGACAGCGACGGCGCUCAAGGCCGUCGUCGACAGCAACCUGCUGAAGCUGCCACCGCUGGCUGGCAUCGCGGCAUCGCUCGGCACCGGCGUCGGCAACGGCGCCACCAUGGGCCUCGGCCUGACCAAGCGUGACGUGUCGCCGCCGCUCAACGGCUCCGGCUUGACGGACAGCAUCGGCGCCCUCGGCUUUGGCGCCACGCAGGCCAUCACGUCCAACCUCAACCUCACCGGCGGCUUCGCGUCGCUGCUGCCAGCGGGCGGCCUGGAUAUCGGCGGCCUCGCGCUCGGUGCUGGUGCGGGCAUCGGCCAGGGUGCGGCACGGGGGCUCAAGCUCGCCAAGGCAGACGCGGGGCCACCGCCGCCGAAAUCAAAUUCGGACAUUCCGGGCAUCGCGAACACGUUUGCGUUUGGUCUGAGCAACGCGCUGACGGAGAGCCUCAACGUGAGCGCGCAGGAUCUGGGGGCCAUGCUACCGCCGAUUGACUUCAUGUCGGCCGCGCUGAGCGUGGGUGACGGCAUCGGAAGCGGCGCGGCGCUGGGACUCAAGCUGGCGCAGAAUGAUACCAGCGGCUUCGGGACGCCGUCGCCGUCGGCGGCGGCGCCGUCGAUGGCGGACCUGCCGAAGAUUGCGGGUACUCUGGCUUUUGGCGUCAGCAAGAGCCUGACGCAGUCCCUCAACACGAGCGGCCUGAGCGUGUCGAACCUCUUGCCGGCGGAUCUGGACGUGGGGGCCGUCGUCCUGAGUGCAGGCCGGGGCCUCGGUGGUGGUGCGUCUGCUGGGCUGGGACUGGCCGGGCUGGCGAGCAACCUCACGAUCCGCGCCGCGGCCGACCCAAUAACUGACGUUGCGGGGCUGGUGGAAAAGUUCACCUUUGGGCUCGGCAACGCCUUUACGGACAAGAUCGACCUAGCCUCGCAGGCCAAUAAUCUCGCCUCGGCCCUGCCGUCCGUCGAUCUCGGCGCCACCGUGUCGGGCGUCGGAUCCGGCCUGGGCCUGGGCCUCGCCAAGGGCCUGAAUCUGGGUACCAAGGCCGUUGAGGCCCCUCCCAAACCGUCCUCUCUCAAGGACGUGCCGCAGCUCGCCGCCACGUUUGCGUUUGGCCUAAGCGACGCGCUGAUCGGCCAGCUGAACAUCAGCGGACUCACCAGCGAGCUGGCCAAGAACGCGGGUGGCUUGGUCGCCAAGUUUGCAGCCCCGGUGGCCUCUGGCCUCGGAAAGGGCCUGGGCACCGGCGCCGCGGUCGGUCUUGGGCUGCAGCCCCCGUCGGAUCCGGCGGUACUGAAGCAGGCCGCGCCUGCCAACGGCGAGAUUGAUGCCGAGGCUCUCACACAGAGCUUUGCUGAGGCGCUGACGUCCAAGUUUCUGGCGAAUAAUACGGCGGGCGAGCUUAUCAAGUCCCUGUCGGGAGGCGCCGGCACCGACGGCGGCGCCGGAUCCCUUUUGGCCAACGUCAACGUUCCCCGCCUGGCGAACGGCCUGGCCAGGGGGCUUCUUACUGGUGCUGGUGACGGCGUUCAGGCUCUCGGUGGCAUCAACGCCCUCAUCAGCGGCAAGACGAUCGCGCUCGCGGGGCCCGUCCCGGAGACAAAGAUUGACUUCGACGAUUCCACAAAUGGCGCGGCGAUAGGGCUCGGCCAGGGAUUGGGCACGUCGGGCGUUUUGACGGUGCAAAAAUUGCUUGCGCGCGGCGUCAAUGUAAACAAUGUCAACGCCACAGCCGCCAACACGCCGCAACGGCGGGAUCUCGCCGUCCUGGGCCGUCGACAAGAAAACACCGAGGUCACAGCACCACUGAACCUCACCCAGUUCGCCUCUGCAUCGGCCAUUUCCACGCUCGGACAGAAGGGCAUCGAUGUCUUGACCUGCGACGGCAUUGCCGGUCUCUUCCUCGUUGUUUUGGGGCUUCAAAAGAGUGGCACCGUGUCGAUUGGAAGCCCGAGCGGCAACACCCUCGAGACUCUCAAGUCACUUAUCCCAAUGGGAAUCAUUCGGGUGGAAUCGCAAGGAAACACGUUUGCUAUUGAUGGCACCAAACUGGCCGAGAACCUGGGAAAGUCCGUAUUGAGCCUCGCGGCGACGCUGAGCAUCAAUGGCUUCCCGGUCCUGACAUAUGCAGCGUUCCUGAUACUGCACGUUGGAAGCGCCAUUUUGGGCCUCUAUGUGAUUUGGCCUCUCAUUCUCACCUUUGCUAGUUUCCAGAAUGUGGCAGCACGCUUUCGCAUCCCAAUCCCUGUCAACAAAUGGACGACCAAGACGAGCAGAAUUCUUCGGCUGUUUGUGUUGACACCGUCUUUGAUUCUGAUUCUUAUAUUUGGCGUCCUGUCGGGUGCACCCAAGGGUCACUUCCGCACAGCCCAUGGUAUUCUCGGUCUCUUCACACUCAUCUUUGCUAUUGCCGCUCUUGUUCUCUCCUUCUUCGCCAAACCCGUCGAGUUCACGCGCAGCGAUCCCGUGACCCUGGCCUCUAAACCGGACAUCGCGACGUGGGCGUCGCACGCCUGCAACCAGAUCCUACUGGCCUUGCUUCUUCCCACGCUCGUCACCGGCUUUGCUGACCUGAGCAGCGUCACGCUCUGCGUGACCCGCUCCGUUGUGUCGUUUGAAGCAGCCGUGUCUCUCGGUAUGGGCCUCGUGUUUGUGUUUGCGCUCGGCCAGUACAUGAGCUCGGCCGAGUUGUUCCUCGUCUUCAUGGCCAAGAGGGCUGCGCAGAAGCAAAGGAAGGCCCUGGUGGAAAAGGCGGGAGAAGUGCCGGUCAGCACGCAAGUCGAACGCCCAGUUGCUCGACGCGCUGGGCCUGUCGUUUUUGACAAGGAGGAAGACCGGGAAAAGGGCGACUUUCAAGAGCCGCGACCCGUGUAUAUUUAA